UCGACAAGAAAACAUGGACUCCAAGUAGUAACCUUUUUGCUGGUGAUAUUUUCUACAAAUAUCUAAAGAUCGAAGUUCGCUUUGACUGAACCACUUCGUUUAUUUUAAAGCUUGGUUAUCUAGGAUUGAAAAAAGCUGAUUUAAAAGAACUUAGAUAUGAAUUUAAUCGCCAAAAACGUGGUGUCUGGUAAAUUGAGUUCUUUGUCCAAGAACAUUGGACUUGAUGAUGAUAAUGAUGCUAAUGAAGAACAGGGUACAAUGACGGCCAAAGAACGAAGACAACAGCAAGAAAAAGAAGCAACAGAGAAAGCUAAACGCGAAGAAAAAUACGCCAAAAGACACGCUCAGAGAGAGAAGAAACGAGAGGACAUAAGAGCGAAGUAUGGGCUGCAAAAAGAUGAAAAAGGACAAUCAAUGGCCAAAAACGAUUCCAAAACUGCUCCUAAAGAAGAGCAAAAGAAAGAAGAUGAGGAAAAACAAUGCGUUGUCAUGUGAAGCUUUCCUCGUCUUUAUAUAGCGAAAGCUCUAUUUCUAUGAAGCAAUGGACCCUCAUUUAAUAACUUAAAAGUCGUCGUUUUUAUCUAUGAGAUAUAUAGAGAAGUUUGCAUAUAUAAUUGUUUUGGUUAUAUUUUGACUGCAAGCUUUAUAGUACAAUACACGAUAAAUUUGGGGAAAACUUAAUUAAGAACAUUCAAAGGUAUAACCAUUUUCCUCAUAGUUUUAUAUCUUACAUUUUGUUUCUUUUUUACUUUGUUUUUCUAUUUUUAUUUCAUUUUCACAAGGUGUUCCUCUUGUCACUAGCCCUAUGUACUUACCUGGCAACCUUAAGUUUCCUUAAAUUUAUAUAUAACUUUGUUUUCAAAUCUGCAUUUACAGAAGAGUAUAAAAGAUAAUGUAUUUUAUUAAAACAUUAUAAUUUGA